AUGGGGUCUGCAUGUUGUGUUGCUGCAAGAGAUAGAACUAUAACAAGUCGAACACCCAGUGAAGCUCUGCAGAGGCAUGUUCGACAUUCACCAUCAUGGAGCUUUCUAUUGGAUAACCGUGGACGGGUGGCGGGUGAAGAGACAUCGACUAAUAGUUUACUUGAUGGAGAUGGAGGCGAUGAUCGUUUGGAUGUUAAAUCUGCUUCCACUGCAGAAACUGCCUUUGCUUCUGAGGUGGGAAGUUCAUUAGACAGUUUCCGGUCGCUUGCAUGUCGGAAGUCCCCAGUUUCUGAUGGAAAUGGUGGAAUUUUAAGGUUUCCAUCUUCUGAUCCACCUGUUUCACAGAAAAAUCUAGAGUUGAAUGAACCUGCUGAAUCUGCAGCAGUAUCGUACCCAUCUCCUGUUAAGCUAUCUCCAUCAGCCCCUUCAGUUUCGCCAUUGUUAUCAUCUCCUUUGUCAUCCCACAGCCACAUGCUUCCUCCAAAGUCGACUCCUUCCAGGUGGAGUCCUCGUUCUCCUGGACAGCAGCCGUUACGACAAGUAUCUGACAGCCCGAUUCCAGAAUGCAAGUCACGUACAUUCUCAAUUUCUGAAGAAGCAUCUUCUUUUGUUCUCCCUACUUGGAGCUAUGAAUCAACAAGAGGAUACAAUGGUGGGUCAUCUGAUGGGGGGUCAAUUCCUCCAUUCUCUGAGCCCACGACGACUCGGAAAGAGAGAUGGUCUUUUGAUAGUGAAAACUCAGGCUUCAGUCGGGACAAAAUGACCAGAUCUCCUGGACGAAAUUCAGGAUCUCCUUCUUUUGAUCUCCAAAGUUGUGGUGUUUGUGCAAAACUUUUAACCGAGAGAUCCUUGUUGGGCAGCCAAAAAAUAAUAGCUACCAAUGAACUUGCUGUGGUUGCUGUUUUGACUUGUGGACAUGCUUACCAUGCUGAAUGCUUGGAGUAUAUGACACCUGAGAUCAACAAAUACGAUCCGGCUUGCCCUGUCUGUACUUUUGGGGAGAAGCGGACCAUGAAGAUAUCUGAAAAGGCAAUCAGAGCUGAAUUAGAUUCAAAGGCUAGAAAGCGAUCUAGGAACCGUAUUGUUGAUAGUGAUGAUCUUAUUGUGUUUGAUCAUCAUAAAUGCGGUGAGAAUGAAGGGAGGGGUCCCAAAAUGAGUUCAAGUUCCAGCAUGAAAAGUUCAUCAGGAAUGCCUUUCUUGAGACGUCACUUCUCAUUUGGGACGAAGGGACAUAAAUCAUUGUCUGAGAAUCAUUCUACCCGAAGAAAGGGAUUUUUCUGGUCAAAAUCUAGCAAGGAAUGA